GGGCCCGCUGGCCGCCGGACCGGAGCGGAGGCCUCCCGCGAGCAUGGAGCCUCCGGGUCCCGAGGCCGAGCCGCGGCCCCCCGGGCUGGAGGCGCCGGGACCCGCCGCCGACCGGCUUUUCCUGGUCAAAGGUGGGCUUUUCCUAGGGACUGUGGCUGCUGCCGGAAUGCUGGCUGGAUUCGUUACAACAUUGUCACUGGCUAAAAAGAGAAGCCCUGAAUGGUUCAAUAAGGGAAGCGUGGCCAGCGCUGUGCUGCCGGAGAGCGGGUCUUCGCUGGCCUUGCGAGCCCUGGGCUGGGGCUCCCUGUGUGCGUGGUGCGGGGUCGGUGUGAUCAGCUUCGCCGUCUGGAAAGCUUUGGGAGUUCACAGUAUGAAGGACUUCCGAAGCAAAAUGCAGUCGAUAUUCCCAGCAAUCCCCAAGAACGCCCAGCCUGCCGUGGAGUGGGAGGAAGCACUGAAGUCCAAAUGAGAGGAGCGCGGCGGGGACUCCCCGCGGCUGUCGGAGGCGGCGGCAGGAGGGCGCUCCUCGCGGGCGCUCCACGCCGCUGUCCCACGGCCCGAGUUCGCUGUAGACUUCACGUGGCCGCUCGUGCUCACGUGUAUCGUGUUGGGCGGAUAAAUUUUCCCCAAAGUUGGGAGACGGUUUAAAAUGAUGAUGUGGAUGCCUUCUCCGUAUGGAGGAGAUCCCGGGAAGAACUCUGGGUGUGACUGGAACGGUUGAAGGCAAGGUCUGUACCUGAAGAGUCUGUAACAGCCGGAGAUGGAGAAGGCUGGUGGCAGAUCCGUACAGCAGCGGUACAGCCGGGCCCCUCAUGGCGGGGGUUUCAGCAGUCUCUCCUGUCCGUCGUGGCUGUUGGGACCUGACACUCGCUCCUGCCUCAGACCCCGCAGUGCCGGGCUGGCCGCUGCCCCGGAGCCGGUCUGACCGCCCGGCUCCCGAUGCGCCUGCCUCACCUGCAGCCUGUAAUGCUCACGCCGAGCAAGAAGCCAGCGGCCGAUGGGAGAACGUGGAAAGGCACAGCUGUGCUCAAAUAAGGGCGAGGGCAUCAUGGGUAGUAAACAUAGUAUUUUGAGAAAUUGGUUCCGGGUUCCUAAACAUUAACUGACAGUUUGUAGUUUUGUCUCGGUUGUCAAUGUAAAAAUUGCCCAGUUAUCACCUAUCUCAACAACUAUUUUUAACCAGGAAGUUAUCUGAGUGGUAAGCCUCAGUAUUAGUUAUUUAGUACUGCCUUGCUGAUGAAACUGGCAAAUUCUUAUAUACACACCCAACCCUUUUCUGUCCUCCACCAGUUCUUACAGAAAACAGAAUAAUGUCUCAUUGCAAUUAUUUUUUACUGGAGAUUUAAAAAUGUUAAAGAAAAAGGAUAUGUCAAUGUUUCUGGAAAAAUAAUAUCUGGUUGAAUAUCAAUUGUCCAGUUUCUUUAUCAUUGCUUAGGCUUUAAUUGGCAGUCAGGUUUAAUAAAGUAUAUUUGAAAUUAA